AUGGGCCGGCACCCCCGAGCCAGGCCGGAGGAGGCUCCGGAGGGCUCCGCCCGGGGCAUCUCCCGGCACCCCAGGGCGGAGUCCGAGCUGGAGCCGGCCCGCCCCGAAACCCGGCCCCAGCUGGCCAAGGGCCGGUGGGAUGGCCUGAGCCCGGCCAGAGGCUCGGAGCGAACCCCAGAGGUGCCCGCCCUCACGAUGCAAAUGGCCACCAGUGCCCGCGAGCCCGGAGUUUGCGGGACGUGCCCCGGUGGGACUCGGCGACGCCUCAAAGACCUCCGCUCGUCCUCGGCCCUGUGGCCCAAGAGGGGGUCGCUGUGCGGGCAAAGGGGACCCUGCUGGGCACCGGCCUCCAAGCCAAAGGCCCCCCACCCCUGCCCUCCGCUGCCCACUCCGGUCUCCUAUCUGGGAGCCCUAAUGGACCCCCGACGAGUCCAGUGCUGGAAGCACUGGGCUUGCCGUCCCCCAAAACUGGGGGAAACAGACCGUCAGGAGAGCCAACUCUCGCCUCCCCCAAGCCUAGGCCUCAGUGAAAGAGUCCUGAAGCCAGGUUCUGGACAUUAUGGUCCGAUCCCCGCCUCCAGCCCACUGGACGCAGCCUGGCUGACCCCCGGCGGACCCCCGCCGGUCUCUGCGUUCUGGGCGACGCAAGGCAGGUCUCUCUGCCACCGGCCUCAAGGCGAACCUCCCCCUCCCGCGUCCCCCAAAAAACACAAACCCCAACCUCAAAGUACCACCACAGAAUCGGGACCUAAAUCGUUUGCGAUCGAGUUUGGACCGGGUGGAAUCCGG